AUGUUUUCUAAACUGGGUGUGAAUAGAGUGAGACAGCUUAUAUUAAAACGUUAUACACACCAGACAUCACAGACGUCACAGACAAAUGUAUUAACCCCAACCUUCAGUGUUGAUCAGAUCAGAGAUUUACCUUAUGUGGACCAUGUUGACUUGGUUUGGAAACAACUCCUACCUUACAAAGUGAAGAUUAAUAAACGAAAGACACCGAUAUUGUUUUUACAUGGACUAUUUGGAUCUAUACUGUCUUUCAAUUCGAUUGGGAGACUGCUCAGUGCAGUAGUGAAACACCCCGUUUAUGCUGUUGAUUUAAGAAACCAUGGAGACUCUCCUCGUGCCUUGCCUCACACAUACACGAUCAUGGCUCGAGACAUUCAUAAUUUUAUCAAGCAAAGAAAAUGGGACGAGUGUAUACUUGUCGGCCACUCCAUGGGUGCCAAAGUUGCCAUGAUGGUUAGUUUAUUAUAUCCUUCAUUAGUUUCCAAGUUGGUGGUGGUUGAUAACACUCCGCAUUCCAGACCACUAAACCAUCAAUUUUACAAAGACUUGUUGGGAAUGUGUGAAGUAGAGGUUAAUGGCCAUCAAUAUAAAACUGCCAACAAGAAAACUGUAGGGAAGAUAUCUCAAAUCAACCGUUUUUUAACUCAAUAUGAAGAAGAUCAUAAAAUGAGACAAAUAUUGACAGGCAAUUUAAUGACUUGUUUGAAACAUUUCAAAAAUCGAAAGGAUAUAAAUCACGAAAAAGAGGUUUUCAAAAUGCCAGUAAUGAAUUUCUACAAGUAUGAUAUAUUAAGAACUCUUGGUGGGUGGCCCCAGCUACCACAAGUGCAGAAAUUCGACAAGCCGGUAUACGUAAUGUACGGCAACCAAAGUGAAUUCGUCGCACCCCAAUUUCACAAAGAAUUUUACAGGUAUUUCACCAAUGUGAAAUUUCAAGAUUUUGAUAGUGGUCAUUGGGUUGCCAUGGAACAACCUCGGCAAUUUCUCAAAAAAUUGGCCAAGUUCAUAGACUAUGAUGAGUACUGCAAGUUCAAGCCGAAUAAAGUUCGAUAUGUAAAGUGGUAA